AUGGAGAACUAUAUGUACAACAGUCCAACACUUCAACUUCAGGAGUUGAGGAUUGUCAGGACUAACAAGUAUCUGAUCUCUGUCUUUUUUUGUGUCUCCUACUUGUUUCUAAUUGUUGCAAAUGUGGGCAUUGCUGUUUUGGUUUUUGUUGACAAGAGUCUUCACCAGCCCAUGUAUAUCCUUUUUUGUAAUCUGUCCAUUAAUGAUUUAUUUGGAAACUCUAUCAUGAUCCCUCGUUUGCUUGUAGACAUGUUGAGGCCUCCGUCUGAGCGCCUCAUCAGUUAUUAUGAAUUUGUGGUCCAAGCUUUCACCACACAUAUGUUUAGUACCACAGCUCACACAGUGCUUAUGAUAAUGGCCUUUGACAGAUAUGUAGCCAUCUGUAAUCCUCUGUGUUAUGCUGCAGUAAUGACAAAUAAGAUGUUGAUGAAGCUGACAGUUUCUGCCUGGGGGGUGGCCUUUGUUUUGGUUGGGAUUCUGCUCGGUCUGACCUUGAGACCGGGCCGAUGCAGAACUCUGAUCAAAAGCCCCUAUUGUGACAAUGCUGCACUGUUUAACCUGUCCUGUGAGGAUGUGUUCAUUAACAAUGUCUAUGGCCUCACUUUCACUGUGCUUUUGUUCACAGGUUCUAUCGGUAGCAUGGUUCUUACCUAUACUAAGAUUACUGUGGUGUGUCUAACCACUAAGAACAAGUCCUUGAACAAUAAAGCCUUGAAGACCUGCAGCACUCACCUGGUUGUAUAUCUGAUUUUUUUGUUCAGUGGUAUGUCCAUAAUCACUCUGCAUCGCUUUCCUGAGUACUAAGGGAGCAGAAAAAUUGUUGCUGUCCUGUAUCACAUCAUCCCUGGAAGCCUCAAUCCCAUCAUUUAUGGUAUGCAAUCCAAAGAGAUAAAAAAAAUUUGUAUCAAAUGUUAA